UACAACAUAACAUACGUGUGUUUUCUGUUUUAAUUUUUAAGUCUGGAUGUUUACCUCAAGUAUGGUAUACACAAUUAUAAUUGGUUUAAUAUGAUCGAAAUACAAUUAUAAAUAAAAUAAUAAAGUAUAAGAUGUAUAUUGAAAACAUUGAUUGAAUAUAAUCGGAAACAAUGAGAUUAAAAAAGGUUGUGGCUAUCUUUGGAUCUUUAAUUUUGAUACUUAUUAUUUUUAUGAUAUAUUCUACAAAAGAUUUAACAGGAUUUCCAAAUAGAAGGUCGUCCAUAGACCAAGAUUUUCAGGAUAAUAAACUGAUCCACUUUGAAGACCGAUUAAAACAACUUGAGGAUGAUCUUAACAAGCAUAACAAUGCGGUGUCUGAAAUAAAACUAGUAAUGAAAAAUAUGCUUCAACCCAGCUCCAGCACCCAUUCUAUAAAAAACAACUCUGUGCCUUCUGUAAAUUAUUUGCGUAAACGUUUUGCUGUUUCAGAAAUAAUGUAUGAUGUAAGUUGCCCAGUGCAGGUCAAUUUUGUACCAAAAAUGGAUAUCCAAAUGCUUGAUUUAUAUAAAACUCUAAAUUUUGAAAAUGUAGAUGGUGGUGUUUGGAAGCAAGGGUGGAGAAUAGAGGUCGAUGAAAAAGAUUGGAAUAGGCAUAAUAAAUUAAAUGUGUUCGUCGUUCCUCAUUCUCAUAAUGAUCCUGGCUGGAUAAAAACUAUUGAAGAAUAUUAUACAACACAGACUAAACAUAUUCUUGAUAAUAUGUUGAGUAAACUACCUGAGGACCCCAGAAGAAAGUUUAUAUGGGCAGAGAUAUCGUAUUUUUCCAUGUGGUGGGAUGAAUUGGAGGAAGAUGAUAAAGAAAAAGUUAAAAGGUUGUUACGAAACAAUCAAUUGGAAAUUGUAACUGGUGGAUGGGUAAUGAAUGAUGAAGCAAAUUCACACUGGGUAUCGAUUUUACAUCAGCUUACAGAAGGUCAUCAAUGGUUGCAGAAAAAUUUAAACUACACACCUAUAAGUAGUUGGGCUAUCGAUCCAUUUGGAAUGAGUUUGACACAACCCAUGUUGCUGAAAGAGAUGGGUUUGCAAAAUAUGUUGAUUCAGCGUGUGCAUUAUUCUGUUAAAAAACAAUUAGCUAUGACACAACAAUUGGAAUUUAGGUGGAGGCAGUUGUGGGAUGGGACUGGCAAAACUGAUAUGUUUACUCACAUGAUGCCUUUUUAUUCAUAUGACAUUCCGCAUACCUGUGGACCAGAUCCUAAAAUAUGUUGUCAGUUUGAUUUUAAGAGACUUCCAAAUCAUGGUUUAUAUUGUCCAUGGAAGGUUCCUCCUCAGGCUAUUACAGAUAAGAAUAUUGCAGAAAGAGCUCAACUUUUAUUAGACCAGUACAGAAAAAAGUCAAAGCUGUUCAAAACGAAUGUAGUGCUAGCUCCACUGGGAGACGAUUUUAGAUAUGACCAUCCUACAGAAUGGGAUGUUCAGUAUGAAAAUUACCAAAAGUUAUUUGAUUAUAUGAACUCUAACCUCAAUCUAAAUGUAAAGGCACAAUUUGGUACACUAUCUGAUUAUUUUGCAGCACUUCACAGAGAGUCGAAAAGCUUUGAUUUUCCCAUUUUAUCAGGAGAUUUUUUUACAUAUGCAGAUCGAGACGAUCAUUAUUGGAGUGGUUAUUACACUUCUAGACCUUUUUACAAACGAAUGGAUCGAGUUCUGCUGUCAUAUGUGAGAGCUGCAGAAACCAUCCACACAUUAGCACAUCUCAGUAAAAAACCUGGUUCUUCUUGGAUAGCGGAUAAAGAAGAUGGUUUGGAAAAACUAAUUUUAAAUGCUCGAUUAGCUCUGUCAUUGUUUCAACAUCAUGAUGGAAUUACUGGAACGGAAAAAGAUCAUGUUGUUAUAGAUUAUGGAAAAAAAAUGUUAUCAGCAAUAAGUGGCUGUCAGCGAGUUAUUCAAAUAUGUACCCACAUUCUACUAAAUGGUUUAGGUGCUGAAAUUCCAUCCAAAGAUGCAAACUACUAUAACAUUGAUGAUGUUAGACAUUCUCAUGAUGCUCUUUCUGACCACUAUCAAAUAACUAUUGGAGUCCCUGAAAUGCGUACAAAAAAAAUUGUUAUUUUUAAUUCUUUAACUUCGACUCGGCACGAGGUCGUUACAUUUUAUGUUUCAACCCCUUUUGUUGAGGUUAUGGAUUUUCAAGGUAAACGAAUAAAAUGCCAGAUUUCACCAAUUUUUGAAUAUGGGUCAACGAUGUCUCUAACUAAAUUUCAGUUAUCAUUUAUAGCAAAUGUACCUGCUUUUGGCCUAGUUAGUUACACUGUGAAUGCCCUAUGGGAAAACGAAACUCCAAAGGAAACUGUUCAUUCCGCAAUAAAAAUUUUUAAUCAUUAUGGUGAGGUUCAGGCGCCAAGUGGAUUUGAUCCAGAAGUUUCACCAAGUUCCAGCGAAUUUACUUUACAGAAUUCUAGAAUUACGGCUUCUUUUAACAAUUUAGGUUUAUUAAAAGCAUUAAAAGUAAGAAAAACUACAAUCCCAGUUCAUCUAGAUUUUGCCAAGUAUGGUGUAAGAUAUCGGCAUAAUGUGGAAACCAGUGGUGCCUAUUUAUUCUUACCCGAUGGAGAUGCGGUACCGUUACAAAUAGAAAAUGUGGCAGUUAAUAUUAUAGAAGGACCAUUAAUGUCAUCUGUAACUGUGCAGUUACCAUAUAUGCACCACACUGCUAUAUUGUAUAAUAGUCCAGGAGCCGAUGGUAUUGGUAUAGAAAUCCAGAAUAUUGUGGAUAUAGGAAAAACCAACAAUUUUGAGUUAGUUAUGAGGUUAUCAACGAAUAUAAAUAGUUCUGAUGAAUUUUUUACUGACCUUAAUGGCUAUCAGAUUAUAAGGAGGAAACGUUUUAAAAAGCUGCCUCUGCAAGCUAACUAUUAUCCAAUGCCUACCAUGGCCUACAUCGAGGAUAAGGAAACUCGACUCACUGUGAUAACAAGCAGCCCUUUAGGUUGUAGCUCUUUAUCAUCGGGUCAGAUUGAGAUUAUGCAGGAUCGAAGGCUUAAUCAAGACGACAACUUGGGAUUAGGACAAGGAGUAUUAGAUAAUCAUCCAACUAAACAUAUUUUUAGGAUACUACUGGAAAAAAAGACACAUAGCUGUCAGUCUACGACUGAAAAUCAUCCGGCUGGAAUUCCAACGUUAUCAUCUUAUGUUGCAUCUCAAUCAUUAUUAAACCCGAUGAUAAGAUUAUUGAGGGUAGAAGAUGAGGAUUCUGUGUCCAGUGGUGCUUAUACUCCCGUUGAACAAGAAUUUGGAGUAGAUUUUUCUAUGCCAUCACUGAAGACAAAUGUUUAUAUCAAAGGGAAAGACAACAUAGGUUUAGUGAUUCAUCGACAGUUCCUAGAUGUCUGCUUUUCCGAUAAGGUCCUAUUACAACAAUUUCCACUUAGUCAGGGAACAGUUAACAUUACUGGCCUGCUACCAAUUUUAGAUACUGACAAAAGAUUACAUAAAUCAACUCUGUCAUUUUCAUUGAUAAAAAAUGAAGUGGAUGCUAAGGGAAAUUUACCGUUGUGUCCGAUGGAAAUGCAAGCAUUUGUUAUAUUAACAAAAAUAUAAAAGUUUAUUAUUGUAUUGGUGUUACAUAUAAUGUUGCAAAAUUA